AUGGAUGACAACCUACAUGAAUUAAGUUUGCUCAUACAGACUCAUCCAAUUAUCGACAAUCAUGCGCACAACCUCCUCACCGCUGAAAACGCACUCGAAUACGAGAAAUAUCCGCUAGAGUCAAUAACCUCGGAAGCUGCAGGUGAAGCCCUCAAGCAGGUACCCCAUACCCUGUCCCACCGUCUUGCUGUCAAGCAGCUUGCGACGCUAUUUGAUUGUGAGCCAACCUGGGAGGCAAUCAAAGAUGCGCGUCAAAAGUGGAUUACAGCAGACUAUGAGGGAUUAGUGCGGAAAUGUCUCGAGGGGACAUACUCGCUGUUGUUGGAUGAUUUGUUGACAGACCAUGACAUUGAAAACUACAAAUGGCACAAUCAAUUCAUUGAUUCACCGUCAGGCACGAGAAGAAUCGUUCGUAUCGAGGCCGUUGCGUCGCAAAUUCUACGUGAUCUGUGGGGUCCAAAUUUCGUAGUCGAAGGCUCUCAAGGCAGAGGAAUUACGACGUUCAUGCAUGAGUUCCGAAACCGCAUUCAGAAAGAUUGCUUGGACCCCGUGGUAUCCGGGUUUAAUCCAUUUUCCGAUUUUGAUGAUAUGCUUCAAAAUAUAAUUACGACUGAGCCUUCGCUUCGCAUUGCCGAAAAGCAAAUAAAUGACUUGCUAGUGAGGAUGGCAUUAGAAACCAUUCGAGACACGGCAUUGCUACAUGAAUUGAAGCCCAAGCCUAUACAGUUCCAUACUGGCCUGGGAGAUAAUGACAUUGACUUGGUGCUUGCAAACCCGGCCUAUCUCCAACCACUAAUCGAAAGAUAUCAUGAUGUUGAUUUUAUCCUUCUUCACUCAUCAUAUCCUUAUACUAGAGAAGCAGGAUAUCUCGCUUCCGUCUAUCCGAAUGUUUACCUUGAUCUUGGUGAGGUUUACUCCAUGGUUAGCAAAGACGCAGAGAUUGCUAUCUUACGGCAAGCCAUGGAAUUGACGCCUACAAGCCGUUUGCUGUGGAGUACAGAUGGACAUUUCCACCCGGAGACGUACUGGUUAUCGAACAAGCAAUUUAGGGAUACGCUUGAGACUGUCCUGCUUAUUCAUGUCAAAAAAGGCGUACUGACUGUUGCAGAAGCCAAAGAAGCGGUAGCUGCCAUACUCUUCAAUAACUCGAACAAACUAUACGAUCUCAAGUUAACUCCACCAAAAACCGCAACCGGACAAGGCAAGUCCAAGUCAAAUGAUCUAUUGCUUACCACAUAUUCAAAAGAUUUGGCUGCAUUAGCUGCCAAGAAUCCAAGCAUGAUAGUCUGGAUGCAAUGGGUAGAUUACACGGCCACAAUCCGCGUGCGCAUGUUUCCGAUCCGCGAAUUCCAAAAGAUUGUUAAAGGACAGCGUCGAAUAGGUAUCACACUGGCAGUCCUACACAUGCUACAAGACGAUACGCUUGCUCCAGGUGGCAUCGCCACCGGCCAAUUUUAUAUGAGACCUGACCUUUCUUCCUUACGCAAGAAUGUCGCACUCAAGUCUAAUAGUGCCACUGUGAUGACAUUUUGGGAAGAUGAUAAAGGCGAACAAUUAGAAGGCUGUCCGCGCACGACACUGCAACGAAUCGUCACCGCAUUGAACCCAAUCCAAGUGACGCUUGGAUUCGAGAUUGAAGUUGUGAUACUUCGACGCCAUUUGGAUGGCGGAUGGGUUCCUCUUACAACAAACCACUCCUGGUCGAACGUGACAAGUGAUAUUCGUCAAAAUGCUCUUGAACUUCUCGAAGAGAUAGUAGCAACUCUGGCUAGUAUAGAAAUCCACAUUGAGCAGUUCCAUGCGGAAUCUGCUCCUGGACAAUUUGAGUUUGUUCUUCCACCUGCUCCGCCUCUGGAAGCUAUCGAUACUCUUCUCAAAGCGCGACAGACAAUCCAGAAUGUAGCUGAGUUGCACGGUUACCGCGCCACUCUUUACCCACGCCCAUAUCCCUUCGCAGCAGGUACGGCAUCACAUGCACAUUUCUCAAUCUCACCGACCACAGAAGAGGAGUCCUUUCUAGCCGGCAUCCUCACCCAUUUUUCAGCCAUAACCGCCUUCUCCUUGGCGCAAGCAGUGAGUUAUAAGCGCGUUGCAUCCGGUAUCUGGGCAGGCAGUGAAUGGGUGACCUGGGGCACACAAAACCGCGAAGCGCCAAUCCGUAAGAUCAGGUCAGGUCACUGGGAAUUGAAGCAUAUUGACGGGCUGGCGAAUAUGUAUCUUGCCAUGGCUGCGCUACUUGCGGCUGGUUAUUUGGGGAUUGCGCAUUCAUUAACCCUGACGCACGAAGAUUGCCCGGUUGAUGCGUCGAUAUUGUCCGCUACUGAGAGACAACGGCUCGGUAUUAAGGAGCAAAUUCCGAAAACUUUGGAGGCCAGUCUCGCAGCGCUGGAGGAGAAUGAUGAUAUGUGCGCUAUAUUGGGUUCAGGGUUUGUGAAAAAGUAUAUUGCGGUGAAGCGAGCAGAGGCAGAGAAGCUGGCGUCUAUGGAGGAUAAUGAGAGGAGGACGUGGCUAAUAGAGCGAUAUUGA